AUGCCUGGAUACCCGAGAAGGUGCAGAAAUCUGUUAGGGCCCACCCCCACCGGGAAAUGCCUCCGUGGCGAAAAGAAUAUUCUCUUGGGUCCAGCUGUAGGCCAAUACAAAGGGCCGCGCUCCUGCCCUCUAGGGGCGCGGGCAACUCCUAGGUGUGGAGUGAGUGUGCAUCUUGUGGGCCGCAUCCUCCCGGGCUUCGGAAGAAAAGAUCCUUCCAGAGUUCAGUGUGCUUCUUCGGUAUUGCCAAAAGGGACGGGCGAACACGGCAAGGCCAGGAGGUGGGGGCGGAGGUGGCACCGCCCCGCAGCAAAGGUGCCCGCGGCGAGGUGCCCGCGGCCAGGGCCGCGGCCGCCGCCGCCGCCGCCCACCCGCCCACCCGCCCACGGCCCCGCGCCCCGCCCGCAGCCGCCGCGCCCCCGGGCGCGCUCGGAUAUCUCCAGCCAUCUUGUCCCAUUUCCCUUUCUCCGCGGCCCCGCGCCGGGAGCGCUCCCGCCGCCCCCGGCUCCCGCCGCCCCCGGCCCGCCUCCCCGCCGGGCCCCCUCCCCGUCCCCGGCGCACCUGCCGGGCGGCCGGAGCCGGCGCCGCCUGCCACCAGGCGGGCCCGCAACAAAGGCGACGGCGGCCGCCGCAGCUGCAGCCUCGCGCCCCCGCCCCUGCCGCCGCCGCGCAGCCCCGGAGCCGCGGGAAGGGCCGCGCCGCCCCGGGCCUCCGGCCCGCCGCCCGCGCGCACUCACCGAGCGGCCGGGACGCGGGCCGGGGCCGCGGGAGGAGACGCCGAGGGCUCCGGCCCCGCUGUCACAGCGCCAUCCCUGCCGCCUCUCCGGCUUCCCGUGCGCGCGGCCCCUCGGGAGGGAGCGGGGAGGACACGUGGUGGGAGGAGGAGGGUCCGGCCGCGAGCUGAGGGUGUUGGGAGGAGAGGGGAGGAGCGCGGCUGAUGUCAGCGGGCCUCGGCGGCGCCGGGAGACGGCGCCCGCGCCAGCUCCGGACCCUCCUCCCGGCGCGGUUUCCGGCAGGACCGCGCGGCACUCUCCUCCCGGCGGAGUUCUCGACCCUGCUCGCGGCUCCCUCUGGCCGGCCAGCGGCGCCGUGCCCUCCGCCCUCCCCGUUUCCCCCGCGGUCGUCGGCUUCCCGUGCGCUGUGGGCGCCCUCGGCGGGCCGGAGGCAGGAAGGGCAUGAAGGAUUUCUGCUUUAGCAGAGUGUGUGACCUGGGAGCAUUUAUCCCUGUGCUGAUUUGCAUUCACCGGUGGUUUGCAUUUGCUGGGGUGAGCACUCAAGGCAGGCUCGCCACGCUUCAAGGGACGCGUUAGGAAGAGUAGACCAAGGGGGCUGAAGAGGGGUCCUGGAUCUUUGCCGAACCGUGCUCGGAUUCUGGCAAGCAUAGGUCCAGAACUUCGUUCGUAGUAUAUACGAAGAAGGAACUUCCUGAUAGUACUUGUUACCUGCUAAAGCCCAAGCUUGUAAUCUCGUGGAGGACAUAACUCUCUCUCUCUGUAGCAGGAUCGUCAAAAGGCUCCACAAAAAAGAGCAGACAAGCCCUGAAGCCCUUCUGAUUCCAGAAAAAAAGAUUCUGGGUUUGGGUUUUUGUUGGGAAGUCGUUAAGGAAAAAAUAAAAUCAUUUCUGACACUUGUUAAAACAGGAAGGAGGACUUUAUUUAGAAAUAUGGAAGUAGGUGUCCAUACUAUCACACGAAGGGAGAGACAUCCGCUCAACUCUAAAAGUUGGCGAAAGAUAGCCCACAGGCAAAGUCAGGGAGUCAGUGGGCAGAAAUUCGUUUAGAGGAGACAGUAGGGAGAGAGGAAUCUUGCUGCCGGCCGGCCAGCCCGGUCAGAUUUCCACGAUGGGGGCAGGUUCUCUCUAAACCGAGUCUGCAGGAUUCUUGAGGAAGCUGGGCUGCGCAGGCCGAGGAGUGGAGGAGGAGCCGAAGACCAAGGCCUCCCGGAGAAGAGGGCUCAGAGGAGACCGACUAACAUUUGAUCAAGUCAAGAGUUUUUGUCAAACUUCUCUGACUGUCCCUGAGAUCUGAGUAGCUCCUGGGAGAGGCGUCUCUCUCCAAGUGUUUGUGGCCAUUCCUGGUUGUUUAUGAAUAAGUAAACAUUUGUGAAUGUUACUUCUCUCUGUCAUGGAGAGGCUAAUGGGGAGCUGUGGAGCUCCCAGUUGGUAAAGUGUACUAUGACAAGCACAUCUUUGAAGUGUAAUUGUGGUGGACGACCCCAGACCAGAGCAAGUUUAACUGAAAGAGAACGUUAUUCAAAUACGGGGAGCGAGGAAGAUGUUAGCGUUUCUUGUUUGCGAUCACGAACAGUUCUUUUUGUGUGUAAAAUUAGCAUUGUUAGAACAGGCCUGACUUCUUAGCUCAAGUUGAUUGACCUUCCCAUCUUAACUUUUCUGAGGAAUGGCGACUUCAAAUGGAAAAGUGAGGAGAGUGUCGAGAAGAAACCAAAGGGUUUUAGACUCUGAGAGUCCUAAUGUUCUCCGGCGGCUGUGAUUAGUUUUUUGGUUUUUUUUUUUUUCUGGGAAGAGGACAAUCGCCUGAAUUCUUGACUUUGGACCCACAGCCCUAAGAUCUCAAUUAUUGCCAUGGGGCCCACCUUGGUACAAGUCCGUAAUUGCUAACAGGACUUCCUCGCAGGAACAAAGUGCUGGGGAUUCUGGAACCUCAGAAGAUCAAGACAUGAUAUCAACAUUGGCUAUUUCCCAAUAAAGCCUUAAAAGAUUCCUGCGAGAUCUUGAUAAAAUGCACCCAGUGUAUCUGAUGUGAGACAUCCAUGAUUGGGGGAAGAGAGAAGAUUGGGGCAAGAGGCAGGUAAGAGACUGCAUUCCUGCUUGACUGCUGUCUUCAGGAAAUCCAUUCACAAACCUCUGGGAAUACCAUAUCCAGGAAUCUCUCUGUCAGAUGCACAGGCACCCACAAUGCCCCAAGUGCUAACCCAGACCUCUUCCCAUUGUGUGGCCAGCUCCUUGUACUCACUUCCACAUGUGGCAUCAAGGGAGAGCUCCCUGUAGGCAGUGAGCAAUCAGAAAACCAGCCACUGUCUGUGAGCAAAGAAACCUCAAGCUUGAGCUGUAGUGCCAUCUUCUGGAAAAUGAAGAGGUUUCUAGUAGUCAGCCUGGUGACUUGUAAGAACCAGAGAAGACAUAAAAUGUUAAGAAUCCUGCCACAAGAGGGAGCAAGAAGAGUUGAGCAGAUGUACCAAUACAAAGAGAUUAAACCCCAGAUAAUAACAACAGCAUACUCCAUCUGAAAGCAACUGGCAGAGAUUUAAGGAAGCAUUUGCUACUUUAAUGCAAAAAGAGUAAUGCAGAACUACAAGAAACAUGAAAAAUCAGAGAAACAUAUAACCACAAAAAGAAAAUAAUAAUUCUCUAAUAACUGAGCUCAAAGGCACAGAAUUUUGUGACCUAGCUGAUAAAAAAUUCAAAAUAGCUUUUUUGAACAAACUCAACAGGCCAUCAGAAAAUGCAGACAAUUUAACACAUCCUCAAAAAAGUGAUCAAAAUUAAAUUUAUUCCAAAGAGAAAAAAAAAAGUAAUAAUAAAGAGCCAAACAGAGAUUCUGGAGCUGAAGAACUCAAUGAAUGAGAUGAAAAAUGCAAUAGAGAUCAUCUGCAGUGAGUAGAACAAGUGGAAGGCAGCAUAAAUGAGUUAGAAGGUAGGAAUUUUGAAAUAACCCAGUUAGAAGUGAACUACAACAAAAAAGAAUGAGAAAGAGUGAGAAAAGCCUAGUGUGAUCUACGAGAUCCAUAAAAAAAAUAGGAAAAUUGGGAUUUCAGGAGAAGAAGAAAUCAGAAAAUUAUUUAAAGAAAUAAUAACUGAGAACUUCUCAAACCUGGAGAGAAUUGAACAUCUAAAUAUGUGAAGCUAAUAGAUCACUUUAUUAUCUUAAUGCAAAACACCCUUCUCCAAGACAUAUUACAAUAAAACUGCCAAAAAUCAAGGAUAAAGAAAGAAUUCUAAAGGCAGCUAGAGAAAAAAGAUUGUAACCUACAAAGGAACUCUCAUUAGGCUAUCAACAGAUUCUCAGCAGAAAUCCUACAGGCCAGGAGAGAGUAGAAUGGCAUAAUCAAAAUGUUGAAAGAAAAACGUUGCUAGCCAAGAAUUCUCUAUCUGGCAGUUACCCUUCAGGAGAUAUAAGGAGAAAUAAAGAAUAUUUUAGACAAACAAAAGUUGAGUGAGUUCACCACACUAGACUUGCCUUGCAAGAAAUGCCAAAAGGAGUUCUUCAAGCUAAAAUCAAAAGAAGCUAAUCAGCAACACAAAAACAUAAAAAAGUAUAUGACACACCGGUAAAGGUAAAUAUAUAGUCAGAGCUAGGAAACUUUACAUAUACAAUAGGAUAAUGUGUUAGCUACUUAACUAUAGUACAAAGGCCAAAGGAUAAGAGUAUUAAAAAUAAUUGUAGCUACUAUAAUGUGUUAAAGAAUAUACAAUAUUAAUAGAAGAUAAUAAAGACAUUAGUAAUAUGAACAGGUGGGAGUAAAAUGAUGAUCAAAGUUAAGUUGCUAUCAGCUUUAAAUGGACUGUUUUAUCUAUGAGAUAUCUUAUGUAAGCUCCAUGGUAACCACAAAACAAAACUAAGAGCAGAUGCACUAAAGAUAAAGAAAAGGGAAAUAGAGCAUACCACCAUGGAAAAUCAUCAAUUUGCAAAGGUAGGCAGGAAUAAAGGGAAAAAGAAGCAAUGGAAAUACAAAACAACUACAAAGCAGCAAACUGGCAUCAGUAAUCCCUCACAGGUCAAUAAUAACUAAAUGUAAACGGCAUGAAUUCAUCAAUCAAAAGGCAUAAAGUGGCUAGAUGGAUUUAAAAAAAAUAAGACUCAGAUGUAUGCUGCCUACAAGAAGCUCAAUUCAGUUUUAAAGACACACGUAGGCUCAAAGUGAAAAAAUGGAAAAAGAUAUUUCACGCUAGUGGAAACCAAAAGAAAGUGCGGAUAGUUAUACUCAUAUGAGACAAGAUAGGCUUUAAGGCAAAAAUCAUAACUAGAGACAAAGAAGGCCAUUAUAUAGUGAUAAACAGAUCAAUGUAUCAAGAAGAUAUAACAAUUGUACAUAUAUAUGUACCCAACAUUGGAGAACCUAAAUAUAUUAAACAAAUACUAACAGAUCUAAAGGGAGAAAUGGACAAUACGAUAAUAGUAGGCGACUUCAAUAGCCCUCUUUCAGCAAUGGAUAGAUUAUCCAGACAUAAAAUCAACAAGGUAAUGGUGGACUUGAACCUUACCUUAGACCAAACGGACUUAAACAUUUAUAGAACAUUCCAUUCAGAAGAGCAGAAUACCUGCUCUCAGGUAUUCAGAAGAACAUUCCAUUCAAAAGAGCAUAUAGAACAUUCCAUUCAGAAGAGCAGAAUACCUCUUCUUCUCAAGUGUACAUGAAACAUCCUUCAGGAUAGACCAUAUGAUAUGACACACAAUAAACCUUCCCAAAUUUAAGAUGACUGGAAUCAUAUCAAGUAAAUUUUCCAACUACAAAGAUAUGAAACUAGAAAUCAACCACAAAGGAAAACUGGAAAAUCUACAAAUAUGUGGAAAUUAACACAUGCUUAAAUAAAGAAGGAGUCAAAGAAGAAAUAAAAAAUGAAAUAAAAAAUAUCUUGAAAAAAAUGAAAAUGGAAACACAACAUAACAAAAAUUUAUGGGAUGCU